GGGGGGGGCGCCCCCGACGUCGCGCGCGCGGACCUGCCGCAGGGGAGCAGCUCGGCGGCGGCGGCGGCGGCGGCUCUCGCGGAGUUUGUGCGUGUCCCCGCGGGACCCCGGCGCAGCCUGACUUUCAAAGAUGCCAAGUAGGAAGUUUGCGGACGGCGAGGUGGUCCGAGGCCGGUGGCCGGGCAGCUCACUCUAUUACGAAGUGGAAAUUCUGAGCCAUGACGGCAAGUCCCAGCUGUACACGGUCAAGUACAAGGACGGGACGGAGCUGGAGCUGAAGGAGAGUGACAUCAAGCCUUUAGCUUCCUUCAGGCAAAGGAAAAGUGGCUCCACGUCCAGUUCUCCGUCCAGACGCCGGGGGAGUCGGUCAAGGUCGCGCUCCCGCUCCCCCGGCCGCUCCCGCUCCCCCGGCCGCCCAGGCAAGAGUGCCCGCCGAUCGGCCUCUGCCUCCCAGCCCUCGGCCUCUGCCUCCCACCACGUGGACGUCAAGGAGAUGCGGAAGGAAGUGCUGGAAGUGAAGCUGACGCCGCUGGUGCUGAAGCCGUUUGGAAACAGCAUCAGCCGGCACAACGGGGAGCCCGAGCCGCGAGCGGAGCCGGAGCAGCGAGCGCGGAACGACUUGCCGCACAGGAGCGCCCAGGAACAGUUCCCUUUGUCUCAAGAAAGUAGUUAUACAUAUACACAGUACAGCCUUCGUCCAAGAAGAGAAGAGAGCAAAUUAAAAAAAAUAGACUUAGAGGAAGAAAAAAUUGUUACAAAAGGACCUACGUCGUUGAGAACCUUUGAAAUGACAGCCCCGCAGACGCAGACGAAGGACUUGGAGUUUGGUGGAGUCCCGGGUGUGCUUCUUAUCAUGCUGGGCCUGCCCGCCUUCCUCUUCCUGUUGCUAUUGAUGUGCAGGCAGCGAGAGCCCGGCCUCCUGACCUUCCCGCCUCCGCUGCCAGCUUUGUCUGAGCUGUGGGAAGCCAGAGCGUUCGGGGCCUACGUCCUCUGGGUCGCCGUCCAGGCGCUGUUCUACUUGCUGCCCAUUGGGAAGGUGGUAGAAGGAACGCCUCUGGCUGAUGGGAGAAGACUCCAGUAUAGACUAAACGGGUUCUACGCCUUCAUCCUGACCUCGGCAGUCGUGGGAGCCGCUGUCUUCUGGGGCGUGGACCUCUGCUACGUGUACCACCACUUCCUGCAGUUCGCCCUGGCGGCCCUGCUGUUCGCCGUCGGCCUGAGCGUCUACCUCUACGCGCGGGCCCUGCGGGCGCCCCGGGGGGCCCUGUCUCCGGCCAGCUCUGGAAACGCCAUCUACGACUUCUUCAUCGGCCGAGAGCUGAACCCUCGGAUCGGGACUUUUGAUCUCAAAUACUUCUGUGAGCUGCGCCCCGGGCUGAUGGGCUGGGUGGUGAUCAACCUGGCGAUGCUCCUGGCCGAGAUGAAGCUACAGCACCGCGCUGCCCCCUCCCUGGCGAUGGUUUUGGUGAACAGCUUCCAGCUCUUGUACGUGGUGGACGCACUCUGGAACGAGGAGGCGGUGCUGACCACCAUGGACAUCAUCCACGACGGCUUCGGCUUCAUGCUGGCCUUCGGGGACCUGGUGUGGGUGCCCUUCGUGUACAGCCUGCAGGCCUUCUACCUGGUCCGCCACCCCAGCGAGCUGUCCUGGCCGCUGGCCGCGCUCAUCGUCGCCCUGAAACUGUGUGGGUACGUAAUCUUCCGAUGUGCAAAUGCUCAGAAAAACGCAUUCCGGAAAAACCCUGCUGAUCCGAAGCUUGCACAUUUAAAAACCAUUCACACGUCCACAGGCAAGAACCUUCUCGUUUCCGGGUGGUGGGGCUUCGUGCGCCACCCCAACUACUUGGGCGACCUCAUCAUGGCGCUGGCCUGGUCCCUGCCGUGUGGUUUCCAGCACGCCCUGCCCUACUUCUACGUGGUCUACUUCGCCGUGCUGCUGGUGCACCGGGAGGCGCGGGACGAGCGCCAGUGCCGGCGGAAGUACGGCGUGGCCUGGGACAAGUACUGCCAGCGCGUGCCCUACCGCCUCCUCCCCUACGUGUACUAGUCGCCCUCCGCAGGGGAGCCGCGGCGAGGCUCUGCCAGGUCCCUCUGAGCCAGGACUGUGGAGCCCAGUGAGUCUUAACUAUAGCCCCGAGCGUGACCCUUCACCUAACCCUUAGCAGAGGAAAAACAGAGACGUUAGGACUUUGCAUUCUGAUAGGAAACUCCGGCCCGUAAAAGCCUGCGAACCAGUCAGUCUUCUCGAUGCCCCGAGAAGAACACUUCCGAUGUGCACGGGUCUGGUUUUUUAAAAUGCUGAUCGUGUUCGUAGCUGGUUCUUACCCUCAGUGUGUGCGUGUUCCCUGCAGCCGCAGGACAGACUUACCUUCAGGCGGGAGCGUCACUAGGCCCGAGAUGGCACAGGAGGGUGAUCGGAGGCGCUGGUCGAGGGACGCCCUUAGUAGCAGCAGCUUGCCCUGCCCUCCGACCCGGCAUCGGAGAUGUAAAUACACAGCCUUAUGUAAUAUAUGGUGACUUCGGGUUUCUCUGUACAGUGUUUUGAAUGUGAAAUAAUUGUCAGGAACUACGUGUUGUAACAAAAACAUUUGCAGUAUUUUAACUUACCUUCUGUAAAGACAGACGUGAAUUACAAUUUUGGAAACAGCACUCAUUUGCUAUUCUGU